AUGUCCAUUCGGCCCUUACCAGUUGAGGUUGUUGCCCAAAUCAAGUCCUCAACGGCUAUUGUGUCACUCACUGGGGUCAUUCUCGAGCUGCUCAAGAAUUCUCUAGACGCCAAAGCAUCCAGGAUAGAUGUCACGGUCGAUUUUGCGCGGGGUGGUUGUACUGUCGAGGACGAUGGCUUGGGCAUACCUCCUGCUGAGUUCGGCGAGGAUGGUGGCUUAGGAAAGCUCUAUCGGACCUCGAAAUAUCAGUCAGAUGAACCUCAUCUCGGUCAGCAUGGCACCUUUCUUGCCUCUCUUUCGGCAAUGUCUCUCUUGACAAUCACAUCACAUCACCACGCGUACCGCUCGCACAACUCGAUAUCGUUCCACCAUGCCCAAGCCAUCGAGAGACAAACACCGACUACUGCACAAAAUCAUGUCUACGGCAAGCAUGGAACACGAGUCACGGUUCGAAACUUGUUUGGGAACAUGCCAGUGCGCGUGAAACAACGAGCAGUGGUCACGGAUCAGAAAGCAGAGCAACACCGACUACGCGAUACCCUGCAGAGAGAUACGGUGGGACUUCUUCUGAGUUGGCAAGGACCAGUCUCACUCAAGAUUCGAGACGGUGACAACAAGACCAUUGUGAGCUUCAACACAUUGAACGCAGCUGUAGCAGGAAACAGUCGAAGCGCAGCCAUUGAAAAACCACGGUCAACACAUCUAUCAUCGCUACUCCACAUCAUGACACAAGCAAACUACAUCGCUAUCGACGAAUGGGCCUCCUGGGUGCCGGCGUCCGCUUCGACACCCGCCAUAUCAGUGAAGGGAGCUAUUUCGCUCGAACCAGCACCUACCAAGCACGCACAGUUUAUUUCAUUCGGACUACGACCACUGUCCAGUGAGAACGGUGGUAACGAGCUUUAUGACCAGGUCAAUCGUUUGUUCGCGAUGUCCAGUUUCGGCACCGUCGAGGAUGACGCCGACGUGAAUGAGCAAGAAAAGCUUCGCCGGCAAUCAGACAGACGUUUCAAGAACGACGGUUACACCAACCGGCAACUCAAGGCUCGGAAGGGUGUGGACAGGUAUCCAAUGUUCCACUUGCGUAUUUCGUUGAAGGACAGGCAUGCCUCAGAUGUGCUGGAAGACCUUUUCAUCGAAAACGAGACCGAUCUGCAGGCAGUAGCAGACAUCUUCAGCGUCAUGAUUACGCAAUGGCUAUCAGUCCAUCACUUCCGUCCGAGAAAAGUGAAUCAGUCAUCAUAUCAACCCAAGAUAGCAUCGAAGUCCUCACGCGACUCAGAUGAGCAGAACAGCAUACCGUCGAGGAAGCGUCAAGCUUCACUGGGCACACCGGCAAGAUCUUCAAUGGGAACACCAGACUUGAGGCCUGCAGCGACAGAUACCACCAAGAACAAGAGACGGGCUAUGGCGACUUUAGAAAAUUCACUUGGAAAGCCGCGCCCACAAGCCUUUGCAGACUGGUCGCGCAUCAAGAGUGGAAAGUCCAGCUUUUUCGACGCGACACACUUCACACAGAAAGCCCAGAUGGUCGCUCAUCCUCAAACUUUUUCCAUUCCAACUUUGCAAGGCAUAGUGGGCCAGCCAUCCUGUAGUGAAAGCCAACAGGAGUAUGCAGCAUUCGAUAUUGCCCCCAUUCACCAGGGUGCAUUAGGCGAGGUUGUGAUAACACCCUCUUUGGAGCCCUCGAACAACACUGUUUCUGCGCUAGACGAUAAAGAUGAGACUGUGUUGUGGACCGACCUGUCAACAAAGAAGACCUAUCUCCUUAACGCUCGGACCGGAUGCGUAAUGCCGCCUCGACAACCUCGAACGGACCCUGCAGCUUUGUUGCCUACAACCACGCGGUUGAAUACAAGCAGGUCACUUCGGAUAGCCCCCAAAUCUGCCACUGCCGAGCCUGUAAAGACACCAUGGUUGGACGGUCUACUGCAGACUUGGGAUAACCCAGUUUUCAAGCCAAGUGAGCAAGGCAUUCAACAGAUGUCGCUUCAGGAUAAGCUGGAGCAAGGGGAAAGCCAGCGCCCACAGCAUAGUCACACGCAUUGCUCUCGCUUUGACAUGCAAAAGGCAUUUGACGUUGCAGACUCGAGCUCAGCCAGGCUAUCGAAAAAUGCCCUACGCAGCGCUGAAGUCAUCUCACAAGUUGACAGAAAGUUCAUUUUAGUAAGAAUGGCAGGCUCGUCUACAAAUUGCGAGGCACAUUUGACUGCCGAUAUAAUGGCCCUGAUCGAUCAGCAUGCGGCAGACGAACGCAUUCAAGUCGAGUCACUUCUGAGCGACUUAUGCAGACCAGUGCACAGCGAUACGCACUCAGGCUACCAAUCGAAGCUUGGACUCAGCUCUUCCGUCAAAUUCGUCAACCUCGAGAAGCCAUUGCACUUUGCAAUUUCACCGCACGAAUAUACACAUUUCGAAACAUUUGCGCCAAAUUUCGCCGCCUGGGGCAUUCUGUAUGACAUCAGCAGCUCUGUUCCUCUCGGAAGCAGAACUGGCAUGACAGAGAAGGACACAUGCAAACUUUCGGUCACCACUCUACCACUCGUUAUCUCAGAGCGCUGCAAAGCUGAUCCUCAAGUCCUGAUCUCUUUUCUGCGAUCUGCAGCAUGGAAGUACGUCGAAUCGCCACCCCUCGUCCAAGCUGCGGCCAAUGAGCAUCACACAAAUUGGGUCAAGAAGAUUGCUACUUCACCACCGGGCCUCGUCGACAUGGUAAAUUCUCGCGCCUGUCGGUCAGCGAUCAUGUUCAACGACAAACUCAGCACAGAGGGGUGCAAGGCUUUGGUAAAAAAGCUGGCAGACUGUGUUUUCCCUUUCAUGUGUGCUCAUGGAAGGCCGAGUAUGGUACCAGUUGUUGAUAUGGGCAGGCUUGGCCAUGCUGGUGACGAUUUCGGAAGGGAUGAGAUGCACAGAGAGGAAACUUUUGUGAACGCGUGGAAGAAAUGGAAAAGAUGA